UGGGAACGACAGUGAAAGACGAUGGUUUGCUGUGUCGUUGAUCAUUUCAUUUUUGAAAACUAGUUUUUCAUUAGAACUGGCUGGCGUUGGACAGUUUUGUUGUCCGCCAUUGUUGUGUUGUGAGUGGCCAUAUUUGUUCGACCAUCUUUUAUAAACAAAAUAGCAGCCAUUGUGAUGGCGGACCAUCAAAAUAUCAUGUGCGAAGUCGAAAUUCAACCGGACAUCCAAGAAUGCGUUGAAAUUGAGACUAUUCCCGUAGAUAUGAGCGAUGGUUGUGAAACAAUCGUAGAAUGCGGAGAACAUAUGAUGUCAAUGCAAUCUUUAGAAGGUAGAGAUCUGGGCAGAGACAUUAUUUUAGAAGCACAAGAAGAAAUUAUAGAUGAUUCCGGCGACCCCUUAAAUAUUUACGACGUACCAGUUCCCGAUUCUUCCGAUUUAUACGUUGAAUCUUCGCCGGGACCUUCUAAACGAAAAAAGACUGUAAAAAAUCGUGGUGUUCUUUCUCGACGUGAAAAUGAAAUUUUGCUCAGUGAUAUGCACGUUGAAACAAAACCCCGGAAAUGGGAACAAAAACAAGUUCAAAUAAAAACAAUGGAAGGUGAAUUUUCUGUAACUAUGUGGGCAUCAGGUGCUAGUGACGAUGAAGGCUCAAAUCCUGAACCAGAUCCAGAUUAUACUGAAUAUAUGACCGGCAAAAAAAUCCCCGUUGAUGGAAUUCCUGGAUUAGACCUAUCGGACCCAAAACAAUUAGCCGAGUUUGCGCGACCUGGUUUGAAGAGUCCAAGAGUUCGAAGGCCGAAUCAAGAUAAUUCAGAUAGAACAAUAGCAUGUCCUCACAAAGGCUGUAAUAAAAUGUUUAGAGAUAAUUCGGCAAUGAGAAAACACUUACAUACACAUGGACCUCGUGUACAUGUAUGUGCAGAGUGUGGAAAAGCUUUCGUAGAAUCGAGUAAACUCAAGAGACACCAAUUGGUUCAUACAGGUGAAAAACCUUUUCAAUGUACAUUCGAGGGGUGUGGCAAGAGAUUCAGUUUAGAUUUUAAUUUAAGGACACAUGUGAGGAUACACACCGGUGACCGACCAUACGUUUGUCCUUUUGAUGGUUGUAAUAAGAAAUUUGCACAAUCGACAAAUCUCAAAAGUCACAUUUUAACGCACGCCAAAGCUAAAUCUAGAAAUAACAUGCAACGUACUUCAAAUAGUAUACAAAUGAUACAACAACCUUACGUACAGGUGGAAGUCGCCGAUCCAGAUUAUAUUGUAUAUGCAGACUAAAACGAUAUAGGGUUUAUCAACUAGUAAUUUAAGAGCUACAAACCCCCCAGUCAAGUGAAUGUACCUCCGUUAGGUUAAUAUUUUUCUAACAAUAGUGUGUUAUGUUUUACGAGUUGGCGGGACUGUUUUAAUUUUUAAAGCCAACUGAAAGAAAUUCUCCAAAGCAAGCGUGAAGAAUAUAUAGUGAAGUUAUAUUUUCACGCGAUUAUUGGUUAUUGCGACCAAUUAUUGUAAAUUUACUAUUUUAUAGUUGAAACCGCACUAAUUUUUUACAGUCAUUAUAAAUACGUAAAACAUGAUAAAGUAAAUUGAUUAAAUUCAAUAUUGAAUCUCCACAUACAGUAUAUUUUGCAGCUCACCUGUACAUUAUUUUACUAUUCAUCAUUAUCUUCUAGUUUUUCAUAAGUUGUGUGAUAUUAAAUUUCAUUUUCAAUUUUCUCCACUUGUACAAACAUUUUCUGUGAAAUAGUUUAUUGUGAGGUUCAAAAUUCAAUGAAUUUUUUUGUUUGUAUGAAAUAAUUUUUUUAAAUCAAUUUUCAUGAAAACAUUUUGGAACAAUAUAUACCACAUUCUAAUAAAAAAAAAAAAGAUUCUUAAUACCUUAUCUUAAUCUUAUGGUACAUUAUAUCAAUUAUCGAGUUCAGAAAGGGUAUUCCUGCUCAUGGAAAUUCACGAAACAUUUAUUUUAUGCUCAUUUAAUUAAUUAAUUAACAAUUAAAACUAUGUCAUUUUUUUGGCUUGAAUGUUCUUCUGUGAGUACAUAACAUCCUUUUGGAAAAAGGGACAUACCCUCAAUAGGCACUGCUAGAGUAUAUAAUUGAGGACCUUCUUUAUAACCAGCAGAUUUUAUUUUAGAGCAAUUUUAGAACAUUUCUUUCUGUUGAAUCAUCAUUUUGUUAGACACUGUCUGUUAUUUAAACUGUGAUAAUGAAAGUAAUUUUUAAUCAACUAUCUGCUGAGUCCGCCAAUGGAGAGUGGAUUGAUGACAUUGGAGGUGUCUUUUAGUGAAUUGAUUAUUUUCUUGGCGAAUGCUAUUCAAAUGUAGCAAGAGAAAUCUAGGAAAAUAUAAUAUCAAUACAAUAAACUCCUAUUAAAAAAAAUUCUUAGCUCUCCAAAUUUCGUUUUGGCGUCGAAAAUUGUUCACAUUUACAGCGGGCUAGAAACAACAGAAUUUUAUCAGAAUGUGAUCAAAACUUUCUUUAGGUGGGUUGCAAAAUAUACUGAAAAUAGCAAUUUGUAUGGGCGGCAUGUGCAAGUAAAAAAUAUGAUCCUCUUACAAAAAGUUGCUGAUUAUUAUAUUGUUUUAAAAUAUAUUUAUUAAAUUAUACUAACUGAAUAUCGGUGAUUUGUCAAUUGUAGUGCCAUAUUUAUAAGUAUGAAACAAUUAAGAUAGCUUAAGAUCUUCUAAUAUCUAGAAAGCUUAUUAUGUACUAGAAUUGGAAGUACUUAACCCUCCGUUCCCUUUGACACAUUCAGAUCGAUAGGAUCAGUGAGGAAUACAUUUAAAUUAGUCAUUGUUAUCACUUUUGUAUUUUAAGAGAUCUGAGAUCACAGAUUUUCUUGAAAUUUGGUACAGGUACAGAUAUGUCAACUAAUUUCUGAAAUACAGAGCUGUAAAGUUGUCAUAAAUGGACCUAAACAGGAAACAAAAUUAUUUGAAUUUUGAAUGUGGAAAUUUUCCUCCUAUCUAAGAUACAGUCUGGUAUUGAUGACAUUUAACAGCAUUUUCAAUGCAAUUUCCUAUGAUAUGCACUUAUCACAAAAAGUGCAUAUUUUAAAAUUAAUUCCAUGAACAGCUACUAGUAUUAUCAAACACAAGGGAAAAUAUUAAUCUGGGAUGAUAAUGGCUUGUUGAAAGUAUUUAAGACGUUUGUUAUAAUUUAUUUUUUUCUGAAAUUGCUACCAAAACUUGUUUCUUUUCUUUUUUACCAACAAUUUUUUUUUGUAAUUUCAUCUCAUGUAUUUACAUAUUCUUGUAGCCUUGUAGCCUCUGGUUUCUAUUCAACGCCAAUUGCUUCAUUUUGUUGCAAGAUGCGGUUGUGAUGUUUUGAAAAGACGAUUUAUUAUCCCCCUUUUUCCUAUAAAUAUGAAUUCUCUUCAUAAAACCAGUAUUCGAUUGAUUUUAUUGAUUUAGCUGUCGAAAUCUGAAAUUUGUUGGGAUUAUUUAAUUUUUUCUAAUUUAUUAAAGGUACAUUGUUUGCAGUAUAGGAUACCUUGUAUAAAGAAGUUGGGAUUGCUACAAAUUGACGUAAAAAUAUGUAAAAAAUAUGAUAAGGAUAUUUCAAUAAUUUGAAAAUUGAAAGAAAACUCGUGUUAGUAAAAAGAAAAACGAGAUGCGAAGAAUACCGAUUGAUGAGAUGUAAGGAAGAACCCCGAGGAAACGAUAAAAAUCACAAGAUAUAUCUUUGAUAUAUUAAUCAGUAUGUUACGAUUUGAUUGGUGAUAAAAUCUGCUUCAGUAAUUGGUCUAGGAAGGGGGAGGAAUGCAUUUAAAAAAAUUGUAGCCCCGAAAAUAUACCGGGUGAAACGUGAAUACUGAAGGAAUCGAAGCAAGUAGUAUAGGACUGGGGGGGCGGCGCUUUAUUUUUUAUAUUAUUUUCUAUUAUAUGUUACAAGACACUAAAGAAAAAUGAAAUUUUAUAUAGAAAUAUAUAUUUAGUUUAGUAAUCAAAUAUAUGUUUUCCGUACGUGACCGCCCUACAAAAAUUUAUAAAUCGACUUUUGAAAUUGAAAAUAUCUUCGAUUAGGUCAAUAAAUAUAGGUGAAGGAAAUCCAACAAAUUUUGAUCUAAAAAAUGUUACAUGUCCUAGCAUUGUAAAUAUAAAUUUGUUUGUACAAGUGACUGACUUAAAAUUAAAGGAAAUAUUUUUAUAAAUAUGGAAAUACAGGAAAAACGUUUUUGUUUUAGUCGUUUUCAGUUAGGAUUCGUUACUUCAUUUUGUGAUUGAAUUUCAACUAUAAAUAAUAUUAUUUAUGUAACUUAGUUUGUAAUUGUAAAAUAUCAGAAAGGAAAUGUACAUAAAAUAAAUAAUUUUUCAAUUAAA